AACUGGACUCCAGAAUCGCAACGACGGUGCUCGUAUGGAAAAAAGAUCGUAGCGAAGAUCUACACAGUCAAUUUCACUGGGACCUGCUGCUGCUGCGGGCGGUGCUGGAGCGGGACACACACAGCACGAUUUUACUACGGAAACGACGCGGCCAAGCCCGGGAUUUAAACGCCAGUGUGCGCGUGACUGAAUGCGGUUUUAUGGGAAUAUGGAGCGGAUGCCGACGCGAGGCGCGCUUGGAGAGGCGUGAAACGUAUCGAUGACGGAGUGUCAAUAGAACGGAGGCGAUCGAUAUCAAAUGAAAGAUCCGUUUCUGGACCGGCCGCGUUGAACACGUACGCACACGGUUUUGCAGCGAGCGGACGGGACGCCGCAUUAACAGGUGCUCUGAGACCUGUAGCCGGCUCGGUUCUGCGGUUCUGCGGAGGAUGGGAGAGAUCAGAGAGUCCGUGCACAAGAAGGUCUCGGGAAGACGCGGUCACACUACAGGGCAGUGAUGCCGGGCAUGGUACUGUUUCGGCGACGCUGGUCAGUUGGCAGUGAUGACCUGGUGUUGCCGGCUUUCUUUCUGUUUAUAGUACACUGCAUAUGGCUGGUGGUUCUGUCCGUGGUUCUCUUCGGUUUGCCGUACAGUUCGGAUCAGUCAUGCUCGGUCACUCUGGUGGACCACGGUCGCGGUUACCUCGGCAUCCUGCUCAGCUGUCUGAUCUGCGAGAGCGCCAUCAUGUGGCUGAGCAUGAGGGGCAGCAUCUUGUACACGCAGCCCAGAGAAGCGGUGCAGUACGUGCUCUACAUACGGCUGGCCAUCCUGUUGGUGGAGCUGGUUUACGCCGUGGUCGGCAUCGCCUGGUUGGUACAGUAUUACCAGCCAUGCCCUGACAUCACCGCCAAGAACCUUGCUCUGGGAAUCGUGGCGUGUAAUUGGUUAGUCAUCUUCAGCCUGUGUUUCACCAUGAUGUGCACUUUUGACCCUACUGGACGGACCUUUGUGAAGCUGAAAGCGACACGCCGCCGUCAGCGUAACCUCACAACAUACACCCUCAGACACAGACUGGAAGAGGGUCAAGCCAGCAGCUGGAGCCGGAGACUCAAAUUUUUCAUGUGCUGCACAAGAGCACAAGAUACACAAUCUGACGCUUAUUCGGAGGUGGCCAGCCUGUUCGCCGAGUUUUUCCGGGAUCUGGACAUUGUGCCGAGUGACAUCAUCGCUGGUCUGGUACUCCUGCGACAGAGACAGAGAGCCAAAAGAUCAGCCAUCCUGGAUCAGGCAAACAAUGAUGUUUUAGCCUUUCUCUCCGGAAUACCUGUAACCCGCAACACUAAGUAUUUGGACCUCAAGAACUCGGCUGAGAUGGCCAUGUAUAAAGAAGUUUGUUACUACAUGCUGUUUGCCAUGGCGGCGUACGGCUGGCCCGUCUAUCUGUUAAGAAAACCAGCGUGUGGACUCUGCAGACUCGUCAGCACCUGCUCCUGUAAUACGUCAGUUUCGGGUUCUCGUCUGUCUCAGUCGGUAACCGUGGAGGAGGACAACUGCUGCGGCUGCAACGUUCUUGCAAUCCGACGGCAAUUUCUGGACCGAGACCUUAAAGAUGUUCAAAUCGUCUACACAUCCUGGCACGAUGCGGUUUAUGAGACACCCUUCUUUGUAGCAGUGGAUCAUGCGAAGAAAAAAGUCGUGAUCAGCAUCAGAGGGACGUUGUCGCCCAAGGAUGCUUUGACGGAUCUCACAGGCGAUUCAGAGCGCUUGCCCGUGGAGGAGCAGCACGGCACGUGGCUCGGACACAAGGGAAUGGUUUAUUCAGCCGAGUACAUAAAGAAGAAACUAGAACAAGAGAUGAUUCUCUCUCAGGCCUUUGGGAGAGAUUUGAGUAAAGGGACGAUGCACUACGGGCUGGUGAUCGUGGGUCACUCGCUGGGCGCCGGUACGGCCGCCAUACUCUCCUUCCUCCUCCGGCCGCAGUAUCCUUCACUGCAGUGUUACUCGUAUUCUCCUCCCGGAGGCCUCCUCAGUGAGGAUGCGAUGGAGUACUCCAAAGACUUUGUCACCUCGGUGGUUUUAGGAAAGGACCUGGUGCCGAGGAUUGGCCUGUCUCAGCUUGAGGGAUUCCGCCGGCACCUUCUUGGAGUCUUACAGAAGAGUGAGAAACCAAAGUGGCGGAUCAUUGCUGGCGGUACGAAGUGUAUCCCAAAAUCAGAGCUGCCAUCUGAUGACGAAGACCCUGUAUCUCAGGGCGUGACCCCCUCUAACUCCCGUCUGUGGCUGCAUCCCAGCGAUCUGAGCAUCGCCCUGUCCGCCUCCACUCCUCUGUACCUUCCGGGACGGGUCAUCCACGUGGUGCACAACCAUCCGCCCGAGACGUGCUGUGGUCAGGAAGAGCCCACUUACUCAGCUCUGUGGGGGGACAACAAGACUUUUGAUGAGGUCAUCAUUUCUCCGGCCAUGCUGAAUGAACACAUGCCUCAUGUGGUGAUGGACGGCCUCAACAAGGUGUUGGAAAACUAUAAUAAAGGGAAAACGGCUUUAUUGUCUGCUGCUAAGAUCAUGGUCAGUCCUACAGAAGUGGACCUGAAUCCAGAAACAAUUUUCCUCGAUGCUUCUAAUUCACCGCAGCCCACCCCCGCCACACACCACCGCAGAAACAGUAGUGUCCGUUCCUGUGCCCGCUCCGAGAUCUCACUGGAUGGCUUCUCGGAGUGUCCGCCACCUCUGGUGCCCGUGAUGCUCACUGGAGCGCGUGACCAAUUAGCCGUAGACCUUCGGGAGCGGAAAGCCCCCCUGGCCCUCAUGGAGAGUCUGUCUGAUGCUGAGUCCGUCUAUAGCUUAGACUCCAGAAGGUCCUCCGCCGCCCUGAGAGGCUCCCCCUGUCUAGGAAGUCUACCUUUCCCGUUGGACGCCACCAUCCCAGAAGAGAACCCUUCGCUUAGCUCCCGCACAGAGCUGCUGGCCGCAGACGGCUUGAGCCAGGACGCGGCAGACCAUGAGCUGGGGGAGGAAGGUCCUUAUUGCCCUACCCCUCCGGAACUGACUGUACCUUCCAACGAUGCCCAUCAUGUUGAUAUGCGCAACAGCGGCCACUUCGCUUCCCUUUCACUUGGACACACUCCCGGAGAUCAGCCGGCCGGCCAGGGCGUGAACUUCCGCCCAUCUUCAGAAAAGUCUGCAGCUUGUCAGCCAUCAACAAUCGUUUGCAUUCAAGAAUCCCACCCUGUAGCAUCCCGGACUGGUUCGACGCAAGAAAGACUUAGCGAAAUGACUGAGGAAAAAGAGGAAGAUAGAGGGAAAGAGGUCAAAGUCGAACUUGAAAGGGGCCUGUCCCAAACUCAUCCACCAGUUCCGCCAUUGUCCAAUGGAACCCCCAGUCAGGCGGUCCUGGAGUUCGCACAGUACCUAGACUCACUAUUUAAACUCGACGGCAGCAGCUCUCCGCCUCUUGACUUGUCCGACGCGGAAUCUGAGUCUGGACGGGGAUCUUACAGCCAGGCUGAGGGAAACCAUGAGGACCAGCGUGUAAAAAGCACCUCAGACAAGGAUAGGCAGCUACUGGCCAGAGCGACUAUAGAGCCCAAUUUGGUUCCCAAGCCCCCUCGCACCUUUGCGGGCUCAGCUGACCCCUCUUCUGGCAUCUCGCUUUCUCCAUCCUUCCCACUCUCCUCCUCUGGAGAACUCAAUGAUCUCUCUCCUCCCGAUGGGGUGCUACCCGUCAACCAUACGUCUGCUCUACGAACUUCUGCUGCUAGCCCCAAUUCCAAGGAAACAGUGUUGGCUUCGAUGGUUUAGUGUCCCACGGUCAACCUCAACAUAUCGUUACUUACAGUUUCUUUUCUGCAAACUUACAGUGGCUCCACUUUCUGGAUUGUAGAAACGUGCAUGUGUAGUAACGCAUUCAACCCAGACUUGCGCAAAGAGUUCAUAAAGAACAGAAGACCUCAUUUUGUACUAUUAUUACGCAUAUCUCUUCUGAAUCCGUUGUGUUUUGUGCAUCACCGUUACAAAGUGUCCUACAUGAGGUGCUGUGCGGCUCCUUCCAACACUAAGGAUGCUGCUAGCAUGUAAAGAGGCUUGCACAAAUUACAUUUUGAUUCAAUGUUUUGGUUACGGUUAUGUUUACAUUGACGCCACAGAACACCAAGCUAUCACAAAUGUUGGGAGUUCUAAUAAGGGAAAUGCUGGGAUGGGUAAAAAAGGGACCAACUUAAGAGUUGUGGGGAGGGCACACACAACAAGCUCUGUGGACUUGAUACCCUCAGGACUUUCGAGAAUGAAGAAUGGGACGAAGACGUCUCGGUUGAAGGAUGACUAAUAGCAAAAAUACAUUUCGUUGGAUUGUACUUUUUCAUUUUUUAAAUGGAAGAUUGUGUGGAAUGUCCUGCUGAGUAUGUGUAAUCGGUGGCACCAAUGGUUGGUGAACAUCUACGAGUUAAGAUUGUCUCUUGAUGUGCAUGAGAAAAUAAUGUACGGUGGUGUAAAACGUUUCAUUUUGCUAACUUUUCUCAUGUCUGAUUUACAAAAAUGUAUUAUUUAAGCAUGCAAGUUUUAUAUCGUUUUUAUUCACCCUAUUGCCAAAAACUAUAUUGAGUUAAAUGUUAGAACUCUGUGAAAUUAAUAUAUGGUAAUAAUUCUUAUUUAUUUUUUACAAACCACUGCCCAGAAAUGCAAAUGACUUUAAAAAGGGGUACCAGGCUUGCACCAAUCACAAAACGCACCCUUUAAAUGGCUCGCCUGAACGCAGUUCAGGAAAGCUCUCAUGUCACUCAGUAGGUAUGGGUAUGACGUAUACAAACGGUAGCAAAAUACAGUAAGCAUAGAGAGAUUUUUAGGAGAUCUCAUCUGCAUUUUUCAAAAAGUCAUUUCGACUGUUGUUGCUAUAUUAUAAUAAAUAAAUAGUGGUUUAUCUCAACAGCAAAGUAUUUUAAUAACUUGGACAUGCUUUUUAUAUAUCGUUUCAGGCUGGAGUGUUUGAGCUUUGGGUGGUUGUGUGAAAAAGUACAGUAGUGUGUCACCACACAGCUCUCGGAGCAAGUCACAAAUGUGUCGAGUAUUUUAGUUUGUGUUUUUGUUUCAAAUAAGAGCGUCCGAUUGUCAUUGCAUGUAAUAAUUUUAAUUUACAGGUUAUAAACUAAGUUUUGCAUGCGACAUACAGUAAAACCACACACGUUACUUUUUUGGGUUUGCUCUCUUCCCUGAUGUAUAAAGGUAAGUUACAUGGAAUACAAAGCAAAGUUUUGAACUAAAACCGCUACUCUUCUAAAUGAAUUGUUAUCUUAAUAAGCUGUGACUGCUGUACUUUUUCACAGGGUCGUAUAGCACUGCCUUUUAACGUGAGUGUAAAUACUGUCUUGUUUUCAGUUGUUGUGUUUAAAAAAGAUAUAAAUCAAUGGAACUAUGAAAAAUCUAUCAUGUAUCAUAGUGACUUUAUCUCAAAUGUAUAGCUAUAUUGAUAUAUAUAUAUAUAUAUAUUGAUAUAUAUAUAGAAAACGUAUGACUAUUCAGGAAACAUGAAAAUCUGAUACUGUGGCCAUAUAUCUACUUGAGAAAAUAUAUAAUGAGAAAAAACUUAAUGGAUGUCAUGACCCUGCCAGUCUUUACUUUGAAGAAUGAGAAUGUAUUUAAAUGCACACUCUUACACUGCCCUGCCUGUUACAGAAUAAAUCAUACAGAUCUCGAACUGAAUUCUGUUUCUUUUGACUUUAUUUAUUAAGCGUAACACUGUCAAAACCGAUGUAAACAAAAACUGUUACAAAAAAGUUACUAAACAGUGGUGUUAAAUUAGAGGCUUUAUUUAGUCUAUGUU